AUGGGGCUGCGAGUGGGUGUCUGCCGCACCCUGAAAGAGGCUAAUCCCACAGCAGCACAUUCCAAGCAGCUCACAGGUGCAAGGGCUUCGCUGGCCCUCACGUCCCCGCGCCGUGGGUGGACUGAGCGCCUGGUGCCGAGCGCGGCCGCAGAGCUGUUAGUGAUGACCGGCAGCAGGGAAACGUGGAUGGCAGAGUUUCUCCAGGACAGACUCAAAUGCCAAGCGCAGAAAUCAUGGAUAGAAAGAGCAUUUUACAAAAGAGAAUGUGUUCAUAUCAUACCCAGCACCAAAGACCCCCAUAGGUGUUGCUGUGGGCGUCUAAUAGGUCAACAUGUUGGACUGACUCCAAGCAUCUCCGUUAUUCAGAAUGAGAAAAAUGAAAGCAGGCUUACUCGCAAUGACAUCCAGUCGGAGAAGUGGUCCAUCAGCAAGCACACGCAGCUCAGCCCGACGGACGCGUUUGGAACCAUUGAGUUCCAAGGAGGAGGCCACUCCAAUAAAGCCAUGUAUGUACGUGUGUCUUUUGACACAAAGCCUGACCUUCUUCUGCAUCUGAUGACCAAAGAGUGGCAGCUUGAGCUCCCUAAACUUCUCAUCUCUGUGCAUGGGGGCCUUCAGAAUUUUGAGCUUCAGCCAAAACUCAAGCAAGUCUUUGGAAAAGGCCUCAUUAAGGCUGCUAUGACAACUGGAGCAUGGAUAUUCACUGGAGGAGUAAACACAGGAGUCAUUCGGCAUGUCGGAGAUGCACUGAAAGAUCAUGCUUCAAAAUCUCGAGGGAAGAUCUGCACCAUCGGUAUAGCUCCCUGGGGAAUUGUGGAAAAUCAAGAGGAUCUGAUUGGCAAAGACGUGGUCCGACCAUACCAGACGAUGUCCAAUCCCAUGAGUAAGUUGACAGUGCUCAACAGUAUGCAUUCUCAUUUUAUUUUGGCUGACAAUGGCACUACUGGUAAAUAUGGAGCAGAGGUGAAACUUCGUAGACAGCUGGAAAAGCACAUUUCACUUCAAAAGAUAAAUACACGAAUUGGUCAAGGGGUUCCAGUGGUGGCCCUCAUUGUGGAAGGAGGUCCCAAUGUUAUCUCCAUUGUUCUGGAGUACCUACGAGACACUCCUCCUGUUCCUGUUGUGAUAUGUGAUGGCAGUGGCCGGGCAUCUGACAUCCUUGCCUUUGGUCAUAAAUACUCUGAAGAAGGAGGACUUAUCAAUGAGUCUUUGAGGGACCAGUUGCUAGUUACCAUUCAGAAGACUUUCACUUACACCCGAACCCAGGCACAGCACCUCUUCAUUAUCCUUAUGGAGUGCAUGAAGAAGAAGGAGCUGAUCACAGUAUUUCGCAUGGGAUCAGAAGGACACCAGGAUAUUGAUUUAGCUAUUCUGACAGCGCUACUGAAAGGAGCUAACGCAUCUGCUCCCGACCAGCUGAGCCUAGCAUUAGCCUGGAACAGAGUAGACAUCGCCCGCAGUCAGAUCUUUAUUUAUGGGCAACAGUGGCCGGUGGGCUCCCUUGAGCAAGCAAUGCUGGAUGCACUGGUGUUGGACAGAGUGGAUUUUGUGAAAUUACUCAUAGAAAAUGGAGUAAGCAUGCAUCGUUUUCUCACCAUCUCCCGGCUAGAGGAAUUGUACAAUACGAGACAUGGGCCAUCCAACACUCUCUAUCAUCUAGUCAGGGACGUCAAAAAGCGAGAAUAUCCAGGUUUCGGUUGGAUCUAUUUUAAGGGAAACUUACCUCCUGAUUAUCGGAUAAGUCUGAUUGAUAUUGGUUUGGUGAUAGAGUAUCUGAUGGGAGGAGCAAUUUGCCAUUGGUAUCAAGGCAAAGAAAUCUAUAACUCAAAAUUGGCUUUAUUGGCUGGAUGUGGCUCCAGCAGAGUCAGUGGGCUCAUGGCAAAAGCACCAUUCAGUAUUUUUGUGGGUUUCAUGUUUGAUAGAUUACAGUACUGUGAAUCCAAACCAAAAGCCCUGAAACUGUUGGGAAUGGAGGAUGAUGUCCCUUUGCGGCGAGGGAGGAAAACAACAAAAAAAAGAGAAGAAGAAGUUGAUAUUGAUUUGGAUGACCCUGAGAUCAAUCAUUUCCCCUUUCCAUUCCAUGAGCUGAUGGUGUGGGCUGUGCUGAUGAAGCGUCAGAAGAUGGCCCUCUUCUUUUGGCAGCAUGGGGAAGAGGCUAUGGCUAAAGCACUCGUGGCCUGUAAACUCUGUAAAGCCAUGGCCCACGAAGCAUCAGAAAAUGACAUGGUGGAUGACAUAUCUCAAGAGCUGAACCAUAAUUCCAGGGACUUUGGCCAGUUGGCGGUGGAGCUGUUGGACCAAUCGUAUAAGCAGGACGAGCAACUGGCAAUGAAACUGCUGACCUACGAGCUGAAGAACUGGAGCAACGCCACAUGCCUGCAGCUUGCAGUGGCAGCCAAGCACAGGGACUUCAUUGCUCACACUUGCAGCCAAAUGCUGCUCACCGACAUGUGGAUGGGUCGUCUCCGGAUGCGCAAAAAUUCUGGCCUAAAGGUAAUUCUAGGAAUUCUACUUCCUCCUUCAAUCCUCAGCUUGGAGUUCAAGAACAAAGAUGAUAUGCCUUACAUGUCCCAGGCCAACGAGAUUCAUCUUCAAGAGAAGGAGCCAGAGGAACCAGAGAAACCAGUUAAAGAAAAAGAGGAGGAGGACAUGGAACUCACCGCAAUGCUGGGACGAGGGAAUGGAGAGUCAUCAAGAAAGAAGGAGGAAGAGGAAGUUCAGAGCAGGCACAGACUGAUCCCUGUUGGAAGAAAGAUUUAUGAGUUCUACAAUGCUCCCAUUGUUAAAUUUUGGUUUUACACACUGGCAUAUAUAGGCUACUUGAUGCUGUUCAAUUAUAUAGUGUUAGUGAAGAUGGAUCGCUGGCCAUCUACACAGGAAUGGAUUGUCAUCUCAUAUAUUUUCACUCUGGGAAUAGAGAAGAUGAGAGAGAUACUGAUGUCAGAGCCUGGGAAACUGUUACAGAAAGUGAAAGUUUGGCUCCAGGAGUACUGGAAUGUUACUGAUCUCAUAGCUAUCCUCCUGUUCUCCGUUGGGAUGGUGCUCCGUCUGCAAGAUCUGCCACUCCGGAGCGAUGGCCGAGUGAUAUACUGUGUUAACAUCAUUUACUGGUAUAUACGAUUAUUAGACAUCUUCGGAGUAAACAAGUAUUUGGGACCGUAUGUUAUGAUGAUUGGGAAAAUGAUGAUAGACAUGAUGUACUUUGUCAUCAUCAUGUUGGUGGUUCUGAUGAGCUUUGGUGUUGCAAGACAGGCUAUUCUCUUCCCCAACGAGGAGCCUUCGUGGAAGCUGGCGAAAAACAUCUUUUACAUGCCUUAUUGGAUGAUCUAUGGGGAAGUGUUUGCAGACCAGAUAGACCGUAAGCAAGUUUAUGAUUCUCAUACUCCAAAGUCAGCUCCUUGUGGUCAAAAUGAAACCAGAGAAGAUGGCAAAAUAAUCCAGCUGCCUCCCUGCAAGACAGGAGCAUGGAUUGUUCCUGCCAUCAUGGCCUGUUACCUUUUGGUUGCAAACAUCCUUCUGGUGAACCUCCUUAUUGCCGUUUUCAACAAUACAUUUUUUGAAGUCAAAUCCAUAUCCAACCAAGUAUGGAAGUUUCAAAGAUACCAGCUAAUCAUGACAUUUCACGAAAGACCUGUUCUCCCACCGCCUCUGAUCAUUUUCAGCCAUAUGACUAUGAUAUUCCAACACCUCUGCUGCAGAUGGAGGAAGCAUGAAAGCGACCCAGAUGAGAGAGACUAUGGAUUAAAACUUUUCAUAACUGAGGAUGAACUGAAAAAAGUCCAUGAUUUUGAAGAGCAGUGCAUAGAAGAAUAUUUUAGAGAAAAGGAUGACAGAUUCAAUUCCUCCAAUGAUGAAAGAAUCCGUGUCACUUCAGAAAGGGUAGAGAACAUGGCCAUGCGACUGGAAGAAGUAAAUGAGCGAGAGCACUGCAUGAAGGCCUCUCUGCAGACUGUUGACAUCAGGCUUGCUCAGCUGGAAGAUAUGAUGGGAAGAAUGGUGACGGCCUUAGAAAAACUGACUGGCAUAGAGAGAGGUGAGACGACAAAGAUACGAUCCAGGACCUCAUCCGACUGUACUGAUGCAGCCUACAUUGUGAGGCAGAGUAGCUUCAAUAGUCAGGAAGGAAAUACUUACAAGCUUCAAGAAAGCAUAGAUCCUACGGGAGAGGAGUCCAUGUCCCCAACAUCUCCUACAAUCACACCCCGCAUGCGAAGCCACUCUUUCUAUGCAACCAAUAUGAAGGACAAGUGUGGGUUGGAAAAGUUUGAAAGCAUUUUUAAGGAAAGAUCUCCAAGCCUGCAUCGGGCUAUCAGUUCCCACUCAGUAGCAAAAGAAGGAAAGGUUCCUUUAGUCCCUAUCAGCACUUUGUCGAUUGCCCCAGACUCCAGAAGGCCUUCAUCUUGUAUAGACAUCUACGUUUCUGCCAUGGAUGAGAUGCAUUCUGACACAGAGCCUCUUGAUAGCUCCAUAAAUAUUCUUGGUACCGGAGAUGCAGCUCUGCAGGCUCACAUAGCCUCUUCCAUUCUAGCUAACAGUGCGUACAUCAGCAGUACACCUGGUGAAAAAAUUUCUGGCAGGAGUCUUGAUUACGAGGAAACCUCUGGAAUAGAAACAAGAGCAUUUUCUUCAGACUAUUCACAAAUCACAGAUUGCCAAAUCCCCUGGGAUUCAGACCCUCCCUUGUAUCACACUUUAGAACGAUCUAAAAGCAGUCGUUACCUGGCUACAACUCCUUUUAUUCUGGAGGAAACGCCAAUUGUGAAAUCUCACAGUUUUAUGUUCUCUCCAUCUCGAAGCUACUUCAGCAGCCUUGGUGUCCCAGUCAAAACAGCAGAGUACACAAGUAUUACGGACUGCAUAGACACGAGGUGUGUGAGCGCUCCCCAGGCUAUCGCGGAGAGGGCCAGUUUCCUUGGAAGCCUCGGAGGCAAAGUGGAGGAUGUGGGAUGCUGCCACCCAGAGAGAGAAGCUGAACUAAGCCACCCGAGCUCUGAUCAUGAGGAUAUUGAUGCUAAAGACAAGAAGGGGAUCCCCUUAUCUCCUCAAGACGGCAAUGCUACAAGAACUCUGGCCAACAGCAUCCCACUUCCAAAAAUAGAGCGGGCCAACAGCUACUCAGCAGAGGAGUCCAACAUGUUGUAUGCACAGCACACGCGGAAAAGCUACUCUAUCAGUGACAAACUUGACAGACAGCGAAAUGCAACAGGCCCACGAAACCCCUUCCAGAGGAGUAAGUCCUCAAGGCCAGAGAGCAGAGGGGAUAACCUGUCCAUGAGGAGACUGUCAAGAACGGGAGCCUUCCGCAGCUUUGAAAGCAAGCACAGCUAG